GCCGGCGGGGGGGGCCGCUCCCGCCUUAGCGGAGCCGUCGGCGGAGCGCGGCUCAGAGCGGCUCGGAGAGGGAGGAGGCAGGACGGCUCCCGCCCGCCGGCCCGGCCCGGUGCCUGCCCGUCCCCGUCCCCGUCCCCGUCUCCGUCCUAGUCCCCGUCCUCGUCCCGCCCUCCGGCUGCGGCUCUGCCGAGGGGAAGGCGAGCGGUGCCGGCCGUCGGGGGCCUCCGUGCUUCACCGUCCGGGAAACUUCAGCCACUUGCCGGGGAGCAUCCAGCCCCUGCCCUGAGGGGCCGCUUCAGUGAAGGGAAGUGGUGCCUUGCACGCCGACAGGAUGGUGCGGACCAUGAGACCCGACGACAUCAACCCCCGGACGGGGCUGGUGGUGGCUCUGGUCAGCGUCUUCCUGGUGUUCGGCUUCAUGUUCACUGUGUCCGGCAUCAAGGGAGAGACCCUGGGGGACAUCCCUCUGCUGGCCAUUGGGCCGGCCAUCUGCCUGCCGGGCAUUGCCGCCAUUGCCCUCACCAGAAAGACCGACGGCUGCACCAAAUGGCCCAAGAACAAGUGUCCAUGCUGCAAGCAAGUCACGGACCGGGACGUCAUGGAGCUGCUGAGGACCCCCUCAGACCUGGAGUCUGGCAAGGGCAGCUGCGACGAGCUGGCCAAGAAAGCGUAUCAGAAGGACAGGAGAGUGCUGCGGGGCGAGGACUCUGUGUCCAUCUGCACCACCACCACCACCACCAUGGGAGAGUGCAAGAGCCUCAUCAGAAAGGUGGAGCAGGAGGAGAUGCUGAGAUACCUGGAGACCUGUUACCCAGAGAUGCCAGGGAAUGUGUUCGUGGGAGAUGGCUCCACAUACAGUGCCUUGGAGAAGAAGAGCUCUUCUCCCACCAGGGACAGCAUUGCUUGCCCAGACAUCGAAGACAACAUUUUUGUUGCUCCUAAAGACAGUAUCAUUGUCUGCUCUUACAAGGAGAACAGCCCUUAUGACAGAUACUGUUGUUACAUAAACCCUACUGGAGUCAACUCAGACCAGGAGACCAUAGUGUGAAAGAUGCAUACUUUUUAUAUAUAUAUGUAUGUAUACAAAAACUACAACUUCAACUUCUUCAUAGGGGAUAAUAUAGCUGACUGCACUGCAUGGGACAAUCCUGAUACUAUUACAAUUUAACCCGGUAUGUGACUGAUACUGAAACCUUUUGUGCCUGAAAUACUCUUCCUGUAAGUAAACAAGCAUGUUUAAAGGUUAAAGAACUCAAUUCUUCAUUUUGGGAAAAAAGAAAUUACACUUUUAUUUCCUCCUUUUCCUUCCGUUUUAUUUUCCUGCUGCCUAUUGCACCCAAGCCUGUAGACACACUGGCAGGAGGGCAGCAGUGGCUGUCAGCUGAGAUCCAUAGCUGAAUCAAAACUCUGGAGCUGUCUGUAGGAAAGAAUGUGGUGCUCUAUGGCUGAAUGGGACUUAGCAAUAGUGUCACUUCAUUUUUGGAGGGCUUGAGAGAUGUCAGCAUGCACUCCAAUAGCUGGCUGAUGUUAGGGAGUGUAGAAGUGAUUUGCCUCUCUUCCUUCUUUUUCCUGGCAGGAUUUUAUUUUCCUCUGUUUCAAGGAAUUGAUGUGCUGACCCUCUGGGCUCUUCUGAAAAUCUAGGAGCCAGAUAGGCUUAGGGGACUUUUCAAAGGCUAAUCCAUCAUCAAUAGCAUGCAAGGUACAGGUUUUAGCUUCAUUCCCCACUGGUAUUGAGUUCACUGGAAUGUUUCUAAUGCUUUUGGAUUUUAUAGGCAUACUUGACAAGUGGAUUACAACAUGAUCAUGACACAGUCCUUGCAGGGACUCUGAGCAGAUGUCAGUGGACUCGGGUCUUAAAAAUACAUUUCAGUACCUCUAAAGUCACUUAGGGAAUAGACUUCUAUGGGUUGUGUUCAGAGCUGGAUCUGACUCUUCCGAAAAUGUCAUUUUCAUGUGCCUUUUCUAAAAUGCCAGAUGUUUCUCUAUGGGUGAUGAAUGGUUACAGUCCACUCAGGGGUCUCAAAGCCAUGCUUUGCUGAGGGGGAGGGAACAGAGGACCUGGCUGACAGAUGGUUUUGUUCACAGCUUAUGGAUACAUAGCAAGAGAAAUAUGAAGUGAGUAUUGAGGAUUAACCUUUCAAAAUCUGAGCCUGCAGGUUAGAUACAGAAACGCAAAUCCUGGCUAUUCUGUCCAACAGUAAACUGCAUAUUCUGUGCUGUGUGUAAAAAUCUUAUCUGACCUGUACUGUGUAGGUAACAGAGAUGUGGUAUAAUACGAUGUGCAUGCUAAGCAGCUGCUCUAAGGGUUGAGCUCUUAAGGUAAUGGUUACUAAAGCAAGGAGUAAUUUACUAGCAUCUCACAAAGUCCCAGUUCCUAUAACUAAACUCUCACAACUCCAAAAAGUUCCUCUGUGAUGGAAGUCUUAAUAACUGUUCUUACAUAGCUGGUUUUUGUCAACCAUAAGUUGUACCAGACAAAUGUAUUGAAUUACCGGGGUAGAAGAGAAGAAAAACAGCCUUUCUUUUGUAGCAACCUGAGAUGUUGUGGAGAAAGUGGCAAGGAAUUUUCCACUGAAAUGAGCCAUUUUUCACUGCCCGUGGAAUUGUUUGGAAAGUGAAUGGAAACUUCAUGCAUCUGCUAGUUUGUUUGUUUGGAAACCUAUGUCAAAUCGUUACAGACAACCAGUUUCUGAAGAGGUUUCCUGAAGGAGGAAAUACAAUUUUUUACAGAAGAUAGUUUGGUUUCUUUCAGACCAAAAAAUAUUUUAACACUUUGGCCAGUCUUUGCUGGGGCAUCAGGAUGCUAUUAGGAUAAAUUAAAAAAAUACUAGCUAGUUUGAAUCAGGUAAAGCCUCUUGAUAGGUGGUUACAGGGAACUUUGCUGCUCUGGCAUGCAGCGAAAGUACUGUGGGAGUAAAUAAACUUAUACUCAGUACAGCCCAAGUUUUAUCCACUGAGCAAAGGAAUUCCACAAAAACAGAACCUCUCCCUGACAUGUUCAAAUCCCACUUCCACAUAAAAGCACUCUGUUGUUGUCAGGCAGAUUGUCUCCUGCAGGCUUAGUCACUCCAAGACCUUAUUCUGCAAAGUACAGAGCAGCUCUUUGAUGGCACUGGGAAGUCUUAUUUCAUGACCUCUGAAGCCAACAGCUAAAAUACUGCUAAUGAACAUGAUCAGAAGUAGGGUCUUUCAUUGCUUUCUGUUCCUGAGGGAAGCAGAUGAGGGUCUCAGCGUGUGCCCAUGCGUGUUCAGCAUCCCUGAAGAUCAGACCCACCAUGAGAAAACAGGCUGCCAGGUAGCUGCAUGCUGCCUUUGCUGGGGUUGUGAGCAAUCGCUUGCCUUGCAUAAGAGAGCAAAGCGUCAGCCCGCUGGGAACCUAGAUUUGUACAGCUCUGCAAAUAUAUAUAGGAAGAGGUCAAGUUUUCCCAUUUUGUGUAGGCUUAGAUGUUCCCUGUCAAAAGUUAUAUGGGGUUUUACAAGGCAAGACAGCAAACUCUAGUGACAAAUAGAACGGUAAAUAUAUAACCUGAGAUACAGCCAUGCAGAUCUGAGUCGUGCUUUAUUCCAUUCUUAGUGUAAAAACAAGAGAAUUUUUGUAUGAAAGCAAGUUUAAUGGGAGUGAGAAUUUCCCACAAUAUAGGAAGAGAUAUAAAAAAUGUAUGUUUAAAAUGUGAUAUUUACAGUCAAUGCCUUCCUCCGUUCGUUUAGCUGAGGUAAGAUUUCAUAACAAAAUACAAGUUAAGCAAUAUUUCUAGGCUAAUCCACCAUAAUCCACUGAAGUUUUUUACUGAACAUGUGGGAAUUUGAAGUUAAAUAAAUAUAUUAGUACUGCCCCUGAAAUCUCUUUCUCUGUGAUCUUUCCUUUCUUUUCUGCUAGUUAAGCAGAGAAUGAAAUGGAAAUGGAUUAUUUUGGACAUUUUAAAAAUAAGAAUUUGUCCACUUAAAAAUGAAAGUUUUUUGUGUGAUGGUUUGGGUUUUUUUUUAGAUAAAGUGAGAUUUUUCAUACACUAUAGUUUUACCAGUAGAAACCUACUGCUUAUUUGAUCAAAGACGGCGUGACAGCAGCUUCAAGCUUUUUAUGCAGGUACCAUGCCCAGGCCUGAGAACUACUGGGGCUUAUUUUCAUUCAGCUCAUGUGGUCUCUUCUGAUGGCCACUAGAACUCGUAGGACCAGUGGUGGUCUUGGAACAAGCAGGAAUAAUCACAUUGCUUUUCAGAGGCAGCUUCUAGUCUUGGCUCUGAAUUUGACUUCAGGACACCACAGCUUGGGAUGUGAUUCCAAGCCAUGAUCCAGAGAUGAGAGCUUCUCUCCUUGCUACAUUUAAAACACCUCUGGGUAAAAAUGCCACUCCUGUCCUCAAUGCUAUCCUCCAAACAACGCAUGCAGUUGUAGAGGAGCUCUGUUUGUGGGUUUAGUGCCUGGUCUCAUUGAAUUCAAUUGCCACACAUUGCUUGGUCCUACAGUAUGCGUGGCAGGGCGUGUAUUAGUGUUUGAAGAAAACCAGUGAUUUGGACAUUCACAGAAGGUUCCUAAGAUACAUAAAAUUUAUUUUUAGAAUAGUAUUUGUUAUAGUGCUAUGGUGGAGUUUACCUUCUUUUAAGAAACAAUGUAAUACACAGAUCAAUAGUACACCGGGCAAUUUUGUGUUUCUUUGUUUAAAUUCCUAUUGUCACAGAUAGCAGUUUUACAGUCAUACAAGCUUGGUCAUUGCAAAGCCUUUAACAGAAAAUUUGGAGUUUUAAUCAGUGUGCAGUUUGUCCUCCCAGGGCACUAAACAAUAGCUGGUCCUUUCUGCCUGGAAUGGAACGAGUGGGAGGUGAGUGUGCUCAGGGUGUGUGUCCCUCGGGAUCAGUAUUGUGUUCUUGAUCUGCAUUCUGCAGAAAUGUGGUGCUCUUCCACAGGCAGUUCCUCCACAUCUGAUCCAACCUCUCCACAGUCCUGGCUCCAGUAACUGUUUAUUAUGUUGUAAUUAGCAGAGUAAAGUAACAGCCACUAUGACCCCCUCUCAGCAUUUCUCCUGGUACAUAUCAGACUGCAGAAUGAGCUCCUGCUCUUGACCGAGGUGGUAGAAUCUGACCCUAUAUCAUCCAUUCUAUGGAAGCUGUUGUGUUGAGACAUCCAACUAAAUUGUCAGUUCUUGCAGCACAGGCCUGGGAUUUUGCAUCUCUGUGUAAUACCUUUCACACUAAAGGUGCUGUAGUGAUGGGUUAGAGACGGGUAACUGUCAGGUCUCGAAGGCACUUCCAGCCUGAUUUUUAUGAGCAUUUAGGGACUGAUGUAUUUAUAUGCAGAGCACAAUCUGCGCUCAGAAACUUGAAUCUCAACACGUUGCCUGUAAAGCCAUACUGCUAGAGAAUGCAGUUCUGACAUGGGAGAUUUUCCAAGUCUUGAAAGGUUUCUGUGUAAGUUUCUAGUAUCAAUCAUAUUAAACAUUGCAGAGGAGUUUCCUAAUAUGUAGACUAGAGGGGUUUUCUUGACACAUUCUUAUGAAACAGCAUGGGGCAUCAGCUGCAAAGCAGCUCAUGCUGAGCCCAUUUCAACACUGCAGACAGCCUAAACAUGCAAUCCCUACUGGGACGACUGUCAGCAGAUUUGUUACUUCCCUGGUACUAUGGGCCCUUUUAUGUCUGGUCUUCAGAAACAACACAGAGAGCAGAUCUAGAAUUCACUUUUUAUCCUCUCCGGCAAACUUUCAUCAGCAAGCAUUACCUUUAAUAUAACAGUCCUGUCAGUGGAGGAAUUCCAGACCUUGUCUUUACUAGGCAAGGAGAUCCAGCUAUCAUUGCUUUUUAAAUCAUGGUCUAUUUUCUGUUCAGAACAGUUGCAUGGAUUAGCCCUGACUAUCCUAUUGUCAGAUGCAUGCAGAAAUGGUUAUGCUUAAUGUUGUUACUUAAAAACACCGCACCAUGCAUAGGUGUGUUUACAGUACACAUUUGUUCGCAAGAGCAGGUCACAGAAGGCAUAAGCAUAGCAAUAUAUUAAUUUGAGAUCUGCUCAGAGGACCCCUCUGUCUUUCUGAGACCUCACCCAAAUUUUCUGCCUGAAGCUUAUUGUUGCAAUUUAAAAUUCCUUCCAUCCUUUAGGAGAAGACAAUUUUUCUAAGAAGAACUCCGUUGUGGCUGUUCAAGGACAAACGGUUCUUCCAACAAGAUACACAGAGUUUAAAUGUCCCAGGACUGUUUCAUUGUAACCACUGUUACAUCCUGACUGUGAAAUCCUGGCUCUGUUACCUAUUGCAACGUGAAAUUCUCCAGUGCUUUGCUAAAUGCAAAGCAUUUCCCCAAACCAUUGGUAAAACCCUUGAACCCUUGGUCAAUUCUGAUAGAUUCAGUACUAGUACUUUUUCAACCUACAGUUUCAUUACUUAGGGAGUGGAAAAGGGUUAAAUACGUUGAAAAUCUGGCUCUGUACUUUGUUCUAGUGAGGCAAGAACAGAAAAAGAGAUAUUAUUCACGAAAGCAAAAGGGACCAAAAAGGCUUCACAGACAGUAUUUCAUUACUUUGUUAGAUUAACUGCGUUAUAUUCUAGUCGCAUAGGCAAUAUGUUUAGUGCAUUCUGCCAUAUGUGCAGCUUCUCUUUGGUAGCUUACCCUGAACAGGCUCCUCAGGUAGGGACAGAGUGUUUUUCUGCCUGGAAGCAGGAUGCAAGAGCUACAGAAAAAAUUGGCAUGUAGUAGGGAUCUGAUGCCAGAAACUCAGAUCUCAUCAAAACACUUAUUUGCACAGCACUGUAUUUUACUAUGAAAUGCAGUGAAUCAUAAGCAAUUAUGUGCACUCAUGAACAUAAGGAUGCUACUACAGUAGCUUUGUAUUUGGCAUUCACUGACUAGGAAGUACCUAUUCUACUGCCAUUGAAAUCCAAGGCAAAAUUCACAAAGGCAUAAUAGAAAAAAAUCAUGUGGGGCUUCAAGGUCAAACUUAUUGCUGUAUGAAAACUGUUAAAUCUGGCACUAGAAGUUAGUUCUAAAAGGGACAUAUGCACUUAAGACCUAGUGCAGUAUGAAGGUGAGGUACAAAUACAGAAGAUGAGGUAGCUUUGUUCCCUGUCUUAACCUGAGGACCAUGGUUAGUAUACCAUGGGACAAUAAAUAGUAUCAUGUAGACUCAUACAUGCUCAUUGGAAGGUUUCAGUCAUUAGGGGUCCCACGCAAACAAAUUCUACAAAACACACUCACAUUUCAAACUGGUUGUUUUAUAUCUCUACAUCAGAAAGUGCAUUUUAGCAAAUUUUAAAUUAGGAGGAGAGGGAAUUUUCCCCUAUUUUCUUUGGAGAGAACAUUGGAUUGCAAAUGAUUUUAUCUUUGAAUUCUUAUUUAGAAUGUAAUAAAGUACAACCCAAUGUUUUACACUGACUGGUGGGAAGUAGGGGAAAAUUCAGACAGGAAUUAGGAGGACAGAGUACUUAUUAGCUGAAAAGCAGAUGGUAGCCAGCUGGAGAAUAAUCAGAAUAAUCUUGCAUAGCCUUGUCUUUUUACUAGUCUGAAAGGACAGCCCCAGAAAGACACUCUUAAAAAACCAAAGACUCUUACUAUUGAGGUCAAUUCAGAUGGAAGGGCUAUUAAUAACUUUUGGGGAUCUGAGUGGGGUGGGAGAGAGAGAUGUUCUACAUGCUGGGGAACCUCAUACCAAUCUCUUCUUCAGACAUAGAUCUUCAAGAAACCCUGCAUCCUCUGACUGCACAGUCAGGCUCAACACUCAUACUAUGCCCUUGCGCUGUUUGCAAAGAACACCUGACUUUGUUCCACUUUUCCUUAAAUACACUCAUUUUUCUCAUUUGACUAAUUACCUGUAGGAGGAAGCAGAUAACUCUUCUGUUUACACAAAAAGAACCAUGGAACUGAAGACCCUCUGCACAUGUCUAUAACAAGCUAAACAAAAGAUGUUUGCUACCUAAUCUAGGGGAUAAAGACUAACUUUUUGGUGGCAAAACACAGUCUUUUUCCAAUGCCAACGGUUUGAAUAAAAUCUGGGAAGUUUUACACCUGGAAAUACAUUAACCAUUUUUUUUUACUUGUUGGGAUUUUUUUAAAUAUUGUGGUUAUUCAAUCUGUUUCUCAAUGUUCAAACUGAAACAAUAUAGUGAAGG